GCCACGCAGGCUACAUGUUUCGCCAGCGCUGUUCGACCCCCGCCGUCAACACACGCUCCCACUCUCACCGGAGGCUUGCUCUCACUCUCACCGUGUCACUCUCACUCUUCGUGCGGCCUCUCUUCCUCGUCUCUGCCUCUCCUCACGCUUCAUACGAGCCUUCUUUCACUGACAUGGUCCUUGUGAAGCCCAGUGAAAGGACCACGCGUAAGACUGAGUGCUCCCUGGGAAUAUACCCCUGAAAGUGUCUUAAAAAAAAGCUCUGCAAUUUCUGCAGUGCCACCAGUGAUAGGCUCCAAAAAAAAAAAAAAGUGAUAUAGGAUCAACAUUUUGAGAUUUCGAGAGAGGAAACUGAGACCUAUGUGACCCAGGUCCAAGUCUGCGGACCGCCUUUACCUCUUGUCUCUUACUGUCCUCUUUCUCUCUUAUCUGCUCUAUCGCCCCUACCUUCUCUUCUCAUUCGAAAAAGUGCUCUUUUUCCGUUCUGAAUCACGCGGUCGUGGCGGUCCCAUAGUGAGUGCAUCUUGCCUUAGCAUAUUUGGCAAGGCAUACACAUUCACCCCUCUUGGAAGAACGAGUCUCUUCCUGAAUACAAUACUAAGGAUUACUCAAAGGACUUCACGCUGACGGAGCGACCGAAGAACACCCACAGUACAGGAUCAUCUGGCCAGACGACCAUCAGCAUGACAAGCACGCCUCCGCUCAGCAAGUUGAGGCUAUCAAGCUUUCUCUCACAAAGCUUCGAAGCCGCAGCCCAAACGGUUGAAAUAUGCAAGGGUUUUCAAAAGAACUCGACGACGGCGCUGACGAAGGGGACGGUGGUGGGCGGCGGCGCAGCCUCCAGCACCAGCGGCGGGGCGUCGGCCGGAGCCGCAGGGGCGGGCGCCGGUGCGGCAGCGGCCGGAACCGCCGGCGCCGCGGGCAAGGACGACCUCACAGACGCCAAGGACUCUGCAGGACGACCUUUAGUGCCCGUCAACAAAAACCUGGGCAAUGUUAAGGCUGAGCAUGGGGCCCAUCCUUCGAUGGCGUUCUUCCAGAACCGGUCACUCAGUCUCGUGGAUAUGUACAUUGACACCUCGGAACCCACUGAGAAUGUCGGCCAGAUCCAGUUCUCCAUGGAAUAUAACUUCAACGAGAUGACCCUUAUUCUCAGAAUCAUGCAGGCGAAGGAGCUGCCAGCGAAGGACCUGAGCGGGACGAGCGACCCUUACGUGCGCGUCACCUUGCUACCUGACAAGAAACACAAGCUUGAGACCAAGAUCAAACGCCGGACGCUGCAUCCGAAGUGGCACGAGACUUUCUACUUCGAAGGGUUCCCCAUUCAGAAGCUACAGAGUCGGGUGCUCCACCUCCACGUGUUCGACUAUGAUCGAUUCUCUAGGGACGACUCUAUAGGAGAGGUCCACAUUCCUCUCUGUCAGGUAGACUUCUCAGAGAAGAACAACACUUUCUGGAAAGCGCUGCAUCCACUGGAGAAGAACAAGUGCGGAGAGAUCCUGACGUCUCUGAUGUAUCAACCCUCGACCUCCCAGCUCACACUUACCGUCAUAAAGUGCAGGAACCUCAAGGCCAAAGACAUCAACGGGAAAUCAGAUCCUUACGUUAAGGUGUGGCUGUAUUUCGGAGAGAAACGGAUAGAGAAGAAGAAAUCAGAGGUUCAGUUCUGCACGCUGAACCCCGAGUUCAACUUCAGCGUGAUGUUUGACGUCCCGUGGGAGCGGAUCCGGGAGUGCCAGCUCAACGUCACCAUCAUGGACCACGAUAAAGUUGGACGCAAUGAGGCCAUUGGCAAGAUCAUGUUGGGCAAGGCUGGCAGUGGCACCUCCGAGACCAAACACUGGAGCGAUAUGAUCACGAAGCCACGGCAAAACGUAGUUCAGUGGCACCGUCUCAAGCCGGAGUGAGAGGGGCGACCCAAGAUUCCCUUCACCCGCUCCAUACCCCAGCUGCUGCUGCUACUGCUGUGUUGAUGGCAACAAGACCGAGCCAAGUAUCAGCCGCUGGAGGGCUUCCCAACCGCUCAAAUGAUGACGACGACAAGCGCACAGUGACCACACAGAAAUGGCAGUGUUGUGAUGUAAUCGUAGAUGGCUUUAUACGAGAUCUUAAUUGGAAUUAAGAGUGCUGAGUAUCAGGACAUGGCAUAUGUGUGUGUGUGUUCUUGUUCAUCUGAGCGUGCCUGUACGUGUGUGUGAGUCCAUUUCUGCUGUAUAUUAUUUUGCAUGUACACACACCCAAGCAUGCGUGUGUACACACGUGCUUUUGUCUGUAUGUACAUGUGAGUGUUUGUGUGCCAGAUAUGCAAAGUGCAGCAGCAAGAUUGUAUUACCACCUCCACUUGCAAUCACACCACCAGCUGCCCUUCCUGCAGGCCUAAAGUACCAGCACAAAGCUCAGCUACAUGUUCUGCUAGUGUAGGCCUACCAUCACACAGCUCGCCGCCUCCACCACACUGCUGUCCCACCACCUAUCAGCAACUUUGCACCCAACUAAACCAACAAGAAAUGUAAAAAAAAAUACCAAAAAUAUGUAAGAUAGUUGUGUAAGCACAGUAUUGCAGCAGUUUCAUCCCAACAAAAAUCCGAUACCCCCCAACCCCUUAAAACAACAGAGAAACACAUUGCUGGCAUAGUAAGAGUGGAAAGAGUGCCAUUGAGGGCUUGUGUGCCAGAGUCUGUAGUGGUGGCGGGCGUAGGGAUUAAUGUGUGUGACUGUGGCUUGGUGGAGUAUACAAGGAAACUGAGGUAAUGUCAGUUUGAAAUUUCUUUCCUCUGAGGAUUUUUUGGUAAUUAAAUCAGAGUUAUUAGCACAUUUGCUGCCCAGCUCGUACAGUACUUUUUUAUUUCCUUUUUUUUAAUAUAUUAUAACCUCAAAGUAACCAGAAAUUUAUUCAAAUGAGUACGAUGAUGGAAAAUGCUAAUAAGAAAAUGUAUAUAUCUAAGGCGUUAGGCUUGUUUUUUGUGAAUGUGUGUUUGGUUAUUUCCAAAAUGUUAAUGGAUUUAGUUGAGCAUCCAAAUGAAGAGCGGCAUUACCACUUUUCCAUGCAUGCCCACUCUGGUGUCGUAGGCCGGUGUGAGGGGGGGCCUGUUCGGAUUGUCGGUUGUAGUGGGCUGUUUGACAUUAAUGUUUUCUAAAACACCCCUCCCCCCCCCCCCUUCCGGAACUGUGGGACUCGUUCAUAUUGUUUGAUAGAAGAUGGUCAAGUAGGUAACUUUUGAAUUUCCCCGAGAUACUGUUUGUAAUGGUAAUAUAUUUUGGUUUUUAGUUCAGCAGAAAUUAUGUACAAUACACCAGUUUGUUGCUGUGGGUAUCUGUAGGAUCUCUUUGUAUAAUAUUGUAUAUGUGGCUCAAUACAUCUAAUAAAUAUAUAUAUAUAUAUAUAUAUAUAUAUAUAUAUAUAUAUAUAUAUAUAUAUAUAUAUAUAUAUAUAUAUUAGCUUAGUUAAACAAAGCAUAAUAUGUCAAGUGAUGAGCAUCAACAGAGCAAUGCUGUAAGGGCGUAUUAUCAUGUGUUGCGAAUGGGAUAAUGAGUCUAACAGCAUUGCUUGACCAGGCGCACUUAGGCCUAUGUGGCUUUUCUCUGACGCCCCUUAAUUUAGACCAGCACAGAAUGCAGGCAAAGCUUAAGCCGAACCCCUUCCCCCUCGUUCUCAAACAGUACCAUAUAUAUAUAUAUAUAUAUAUAUAUAUAUAUAUAUAUAUAUAUAUAUAUAUAUAUAUAUAUAUAUAUAUAUAUAUAUAUAUAUAUAUAUAUGUAUAUUUAACUCAAUUUUAAAAGUAUCCUCAUACAAGUCUCUUCAGUGAAUGUGAUAUGAAGCUGUGCUUGUCUUCUGGGCUAGUGUUUGAAAUGUGUAUGAAAGUGAUCAUUGCUGGACCAGUCAUUUUGUUGAGUAGAAAGUGUGUCAGGCGUGCGUAAAUCCUCAUGUUAACAGCCUAAGAUAUAUUUUGAUUUAAUAACUGCUCAUGUAAUUGUUAUGAUUGUCAUUAGAAUGUUUCUGUGAUGAUUUCAAACACUUGCUGUUGUCUUUAUUGAUCACAGAAAUUGUGUCGCAAGUCGUCAGAUAAUAAUCCAAUGCUUCAGUCAUUUUUAAUUGGAAAAUUACUUUCUUUUCAGUAAUGCAAAUAUAUGUAUAUGCUUUUGCAAUACUUACAUAGCAUGCCAACAGGGAUAUGGCCAGGAUCUGGGUAUCAUGUCACAUGAUCUACAAGUCUCCAAUUGUCCUUGUAAAAAGUUUUGUUCAGCAUAAUAUUGAUGAUAAUUUAAUACAGGAAUUAUUUUUAUGUUUCAGGGAGUAUUUUACAUAUCUGCUUAUUUUAAAGUUGAAACACUUUUUAUAUAUGGCACACAAACAAUAUAAAUGUGAAUAAUUUCAGCAUUCAUAAUCGCUACACUGUCGCAUAGGUAUAUAUAUGGGGUGUGUGAUUUUUAAUGUCAACAGUUAGGAUGUGUUUAUUUUUAUUUUUUAGUAGUUUUUUUUUGCGCUAAAUAACAAAUACAAUGUUGCCUUCAAGUCCUGAUUACUAGGAAUUAAGACCUUGGGUGUUAGGUAACUAAGAUCCUAAUGCCCAAGAGUUUGGGUCCAGAAUAACUGUAGAUCCUCAAUAAUCUAAAUUUAUGAGCAGUUGAGCUCUUCAUAUUGUUGGGGAUAACCAAGAAUUGCAAUUAUUCGUGUUGAAGAUAGCCAAGAUCCUGAGAAAGACAGACACUCUUAAAUAUGCAAAUAGUGAUAGCUUUUAUCUUUGGAUAAAUAAUAUGCUUUCCUGUGUGUUUUUGUUUUAAUGUUCUGUAGAGAUUUGAUUGAUAAGGAACACCCUCCUAAUACCUGCCACCAGUUGCUUAUUAAUUUCUUCAUCUCAACAUGUACCAAAUGAGCCCCACUGUUAAUGAAUAAUGCAUUACAAGUUUAUCAUAAAUAUUAUACACUGUAAGUGUUUAUCUUUUCGCUGUGCUGUUUUGAUUUCAAGCAAAGAGUAUAAAUGGAAUGAGGUUAUAUUUACAGAUUUUAUAUAGAAAUAUGUAAUCCAUGUUUUUUCUAUAGAAAUAUUUAUAUAUAUGUCAGUUUAAGACCAACCUUCAUGGAAACUGCAAAAUUGUUUACUUAUAAAUUGCUUAAUCUAAGGUAUAGAGUUUAUGCUUGUUAUUGAUAAGGAAGCAUUGGAUAAUUUGUGUUCACAUGUUCUUAUUUACUACCAAUGACAAAAGAUCAAGCUUUGGCUUUUUAGCAGCAUGAGACAAACUUCCUUAGACAAGUUCAUGAGGCGAUACAUAGCCUUAAGUUGAAGAGUCGCCACACGUUCUUGAUCAAAGGGACUUUGGUGAGUUUGCUAAGAAUAUCACGUUAUGUGUGAAGUGAAUUAGUAGAACUGGUUCAAGCGUAUUAAUAAGCGUCAAAAGCAUAUAGGGUGCAUAAGCAGCCCGUCCUCCUAAAGUUUCCCAACGUCAAGAAAACGGUCGUCAAUUUAAAGUGGUCUCUCCUAACCUACCACAAGACCCAAAACGGGACAGUACGUCACUUUCGCCAGCCGCUUCCAUUUUCUAGUAUGAUCAUUUUUGGCCUUGUGUAACGCAAACGAUCGAAAUACGACGUUCUUUGUAGGAGGACAGGUUGGCAGAAGAUAGUCAGUUGGACAUUUAACUCCCCAUCUUAGGCAGACCAAUUAUAUGGGUGUUAGAUGGUUAUUUCAGUUACCAGGUGUCUGUUCGAGACCAGGAGAGAUUAGUCAGAAUAGUUAAAUCCGAAGAAAUUGGUUUUUGUUUAUAAACACAAAGUGCAUUAGCUUUAUCUUUUGUCACUUUAUCAUAUCAUUUGAAGCAGAUGUAGCAGCCAUCAUGAAAGUCUGAGCACCUUGACACAACACCUAAAUGGAUGAAUUUAUUUAGAUGUAGCUGUGUGCAGGCAAAUCAAGAUGUUAGCCUUUCCUUAAAUAAGAGAUGCAGGUACAUCUUAUUUGAAUUAGAAAGGUUUUGAUAUCCAUGAGAUGUUUGGGAAAAUGUAUUUUCAUUUUUGUCUUGUGAUUUAAAGAAAAAUACAUGCCACAAGGAUGCUGUAAUACUAUUGUAAAUGUAUAUUAUUGUGCUGAUUGUAACACCACUUGCAGUGAUAAUGAUGAUUAUUAUCUGGAAAUGUUUCAAUUACAAUUUUUUUUAAAUCUGAGAAACACGACUCUCAACUUAAAUUGUCGUAAACGUAGGAUCAAAUAAUAUUGUGGGGAAAAUGCAUUAAAGAAUAGGUUCACAAUUUUCACAUGUGUAUGUAAAUGUAAUAAUUUAAACUGCAUUGCUAUGAAUUUGGAUCAAGUCUGAGUGAUUUAUAAAAGGGGAAAAAAGCGAGAGUACUUUCUGCGGGUGAAGGUAUGUUAGCUGAGGGCAGAAACCACAUUUAAUUAAUAUUAGUACAUGUAUUUGUAGAGCAAAUUUGUCAUCAAGACUGGACAGUGCUAUACAGUAUAGCCAACUUAGCCAAGUGCUUUCUUUUAAGAAAUACUUGCAAUUAAGACAGAGGGGAUGAUGGCAACACACUCAAGUUUAUUAUCCUACAAAUAGACAUGCACAAUCACGCUGGAAAUAGAUAUACACAUAAACAAUCGUAGUACAUAAUGUAUACAUUCACAUUAAUAAUACACAAGGAACACCACAUGUGCAUUAUAUUCGCAUGCAGUACCCGACCUACACAAAAGAUAUCUCACAGAAACACACAAGUAUGUCGUAGAGAUUCUCACCAUUCAGAACAAUAACUAUCCCGGCGCCGAAAGGAGAGGUGUUGCAUCGCCUCACUAACCCCCAUUCCCCCUGAGCAAGCAAACUGACUAUCCACAACAUAGUUUGAAACAUUUGCCUAGUUAGCAGAAUCCGAAUGCCCCCGGACACAUUCCAGUAUUACACUGUAGUAGCUGUCUUCAGAGGCUCUUUGCACUGUCUUAACCUGUAUCAUUCUGAUUGGCAGAAGAAAGCAGUUAACUAGUGAACAAAAGCUCUAUGUGAUUCAUUUGCAUAUUAUAAAUUUGUAAUUAGGCUCCCAGUAAACUCAGUGUUAAAUGAUCACAGAUCAUAUUCGUACAAAUAAUCCUAAUUGUUGUUAUUUUGGCUAAAAUUGUCAGAGUAUGAGAAUAAAUUGCUUUAUAAUUUACGCAGCUGCUUAUAUCUUGUUAUAAGAAAUUAAAAUAAAAGUAGAUUAUGGAAUAUUUUUAUGCUAAACUAAGUCUUAUUUGUGUUCAAAGAUAUGCUACAAUGUAACAAAAAAAUCAACCUAUAUUUAUGUGAUGAAGCACAGGGUUUUUAAAUCUUAAGUUUAGUUUUGUGAUGUCCAUUGUAUCAGUGACGAAAAUAUUGUAGCUUUGGUGGCUAGCACUUGCACUGUAUCUGUAGUUGGCUGUGGCCCCUGUCUGUGGUUGGUGCGCCCCUUCUGUUGGCUGGCAAGACGGCGUCGUGUAUCAGUUUUUCAGUGUGUGUGUGGGGCACUCUACAGAGUCCCAGUCUGACUGUCAGUGUCCUUCCUCCUUGCCACCAGAAUCUGCCUUCACUUAACUUAACAUUCGCACAGGGCAGCUAUUGAACAUUUUUGGGAAAAAAAAAGUAUUUUGCUGUUUAUAUUUGUUGUGUAGACACUUGGCAAGCAAGCAACCAACUUUUACAAUCUCUGUUUCUAUAGUAUGUGGCUCUGAGAGCAUCUUCUCAAUUCCUAAGCAAGAGUGUGUCUAUCAUUUUGACUUUGAUUUUACACCAGAUGUUUCAUAUACUUUUGUUUUUGUCCUUUUAAUUAUUGUACACUCGCUUCUGGGUGAAUCCAAAGAGCUGGUCUCCUGGAGAUGUAUGUAUCUACACUGUAUUUUUUUCCUAAUUGUUUGAUGUAGAGAAAUGUCCAGUGACUGGAGGAGCAUAAAGGAACAUUAGAUGUGUUGCCUCUGUAAGACCCGUGUGUCAUACCAUGUGUUGCUGGCCCUCUCGUGUUCUAUUUCAAUCGACGUGAACAAUAAUAUUAACUCUCAAAACGUGCACAAUAAAAAUCUCAAUAAAGUGAUGAGUCUGCUAAUAAACAUUGAAGCUGUACGAACAGCCUCAAUGUUGAAAAAUAAUGUAUACUCAGUAUUAUACAUACAGAGUAUAUAUAUAUAUUUUAUGUAGUGCAGGUCGAUCACAGCUAAAUUAUAAAAUGUUGAUGAAAUCUGACUGCUUUGGACAGUAUAUGAGAGAAGCCUUCGUGCACCACACCGUAACAACCAGUGUCAUCUCUGUGCUGCCAGGUCACAUGUCUGCUACCAGUGUCACAUCCCAACUACCAGUGUCACAUCCCAGCUACCAGUGUCACAUCCCAACUACCAGUGUCACAUCUCGGUCACAAGCAUCACAUCAGACACCAAGGGAACCUCUCAGCCACUUGGUACAUCCAGCAGGGUCUAAGGAUGCAGAUGAGUAGUUGAGUUUCCUUCUCGUAGUUUUAAUGUGAGUGUCCUAUUGUUGAAGUUUUCUUUGCCAACAGUAAUGUGACCGAGAACCUAAAUACGCGGUGACUGACAUGGUGUUUGGAGGCGCGACGCGACUUCAAUUCCUUGAUAUGACUUUGCCAAACGACUGGAGUAUUAAUUAUUAGGUGAAGUGUGUGGAGGAGCUGGAGUGAGUAGUGACUAAGGGUAUGUCAUGUGUGGCAUGCCCUUGGGCACGUUAAGGCAGUUGUAUGUGCAGUUAGUACACGUUAGGCUUGUAUCGAGGGGUGACAGCGCGUCACACACUGUCUAUAGCUAAGCGUCACUCAGGCAUUUUUUUCCUCCUAUUCUGUCUGGCCCAUUACUAUAACCUACCGCUCUUAGGCCUCUUGAUUAACUGUUGCCAAUCCAGUCUCGUUUUGUGGGCCUGAAGUCUGUAACACGAAUCUUGCUGUUUCUUCUGGCACAGUUAUUGACACUAUUACCUUUUCUCCUCCUAAGGUAGAGAGUUGGGAUACUCCCCUUGCCAUUUUCAGCACCUCUCUCCCCUAUAUGAACCUAUCUCUACUUGGGUGUAUUGGUGGGUGAAGUAAUGUCUUCAUUACACUCUGAUCAAAGACAGUGUGUUUAGCUCUCUUGUAUCCGUGCCUGAGGUUAGAGUCAUUUUUCAGGUUUACUCUUCAUGUACAAGUUUUCUUUGUCCGUCUUGACAUUUCUCAACUACUGUCUGGCAUUUACUCAGGACCAAUUAUUUCUUUGUUUGUCAUUGGAAAUGACAUAUGAAUAUGGACGUUUUUGUAGGCGUACCCAAAAAUAUAUUUACUGAAUACAUUGCAGACAAAUUUGGGUCGAAUGUAGCACAAAUUUGUUUUGAAAUUACACACACACACACUCUCAAGAGGAGAUGUCAACAUGCAAGGGUUUGUUUGAAGAUGUUUAUAUGAAGGCCAAAUUGUGAAUAAAGGUCGUUCAAAUAGUUUUUGAGGUAAUUCACUGUAAUCUUUUGUUGGUAGUUGUACAAAUCAAAUUUCCCGAGAUUGUAAUAAGUUUGUCUAAAUAUCUUACUUGUGUCUUCAUCUGUGUAUAUAUAUAUAUAUAUGUGACAAAAGUUUCAAGAGUGGUGGCCAGGUUAGUUAAUACAUGCAGCUUGAGAGAUGUUACUUUGGAUUUGCUGGACAGCGUAAAGCUGGCAUUAUUUAUCUUGAGUCUACUCUGGCGCUGAGUAAAACAUCCUGUGCAAGUGACCAAAUAUUGACAGUGGUGGAUGACGAAUAAUGUAUUAAGAGUUUAUUUAUUUUCUUGCAGAGAUAAAUUCUAUAUAUGUUGUGUCAUAUUUUGGUAACUACAAGAUAUGAAGGUUGCGGUGUGCGCGCAUUGGGUGAGCUAGGCUUCACUCGGUGGACAGAGAGCCCCCCGCGUCACUGUUGAACAUGACUCUGCUAGGUAUAUUGUAUAUAUAUAUAUUUAGAAAGCAACGUUUCCCCACCUGCGCUUAACACUAUGGUUGCCCUUAACAGUGAAUGUGAUUAUACUAAGUCAGAAAUAUAGUAUUGAGACUAAAAA